AUGAGUUCAAAAUAUGAUUUUCUGAAGGAUGUUAAUCCUGCCAAGGAGGACUGGAGGAUUAAGGUGAAGGUGGUUCGGACUUGGAAAGUUCCUAACUUUCAGCGUAAAAAUUUGGAGGACAAUCUUGAAAUGGUUUUAUUGGAUGAACAGGGUGGUAGGAUCCACGCCACUGUCAAAGACGUCAUUGGUUUAAUCUCAGGAAUUGGGAAAGUUUGUGAUCGUGUGGUUUCUGGUAGGAAGACAAAAAUGGUGGUGUUGGAGCUUGACGACCUGAGGGGUCAUAAGUUGGAGUGCACUUUGUGGGAGCAUUAUGUGGAUGAGGUCCAAUCUUUUUUGGCAGACAACGACGAUCCUCAUAACGUCCUGAUAGUCCAACUGGGAAGGAUUAAGUGUUUUAGAGGUAAGGUCGGGAUAACAAAUACAAAAUAUACAACAAGGAUUGUAAUGGAUUCAAAACUGAAUGAGAUUGUUGAGUUCAAAAAAUGUCUCUCGAUUGAUGGUGUGGAAAGUAGUACAAGGAUGACUCAAUUGUCUACUCAGUCAUCCUAUUCUUUCGAAAAUGAUUUUCUUAAGGAGACUGAAAAAAAGUCUAUCAGUGAUGUGAAACUUUGUGUUGAGGUAACUACCUGCAUCACAUACGGGACUAUAAAGGCAAUUGAGAGCAAAUACAACUGGUGGUACAAGUCAUGCAAAAAGUGUCCAUUUUCCGUUUAUGAGGAUUUUGAGAAGUGGUAUUGUAAGAACUGCCAAAAACAUUGGGAAGAUUAUUAUCCGAGAUUUAGUGUUCAGGUCAGAGUUGUGGAUAACACAGAUUCCGCAUCCUUUAUUCUGUUUGAUCGCGACUGUGUGUCUUUGUUGGGAAUGAGUGCUGCUGAAUUGCGCGAGCUGCAUUUCAAGAGGGGUGCCGAUUUGGAUCAAUUUCCAAAUGAGUUAAAUGUUCUGAAUGAAAAGUCAAUGUUGUUCAAGAUAAAUGUUAAGCAAAAGGAUUUGAACACAAAUAGUGAGCCCAAAUAUCAAGUUUCCAAAAUUUGUAUCAGCGAAGACAUAAUCUCAGCGUUCAUUAAGUCUCUUAUAGAUCCAAAUGAUGAAGCAAAUUUCGAUAAUGCACGCGAAAAUGAAGUUGUUUCGUCGGAACUGGAAAAGGCUGCGGAUGUUGAAAGUCAGACCUGUGACAGUGCUGACGUUAGUGAUGUCUCUCUGACGAUGUUGACACCUGUGCUCACUUCUCAUGAUUCCAUUGCUGGAGAAUUUAAAUUUUCAGCUGUUCGGCCGACAAAGAAAAUAAAGCUUGAAAAGGAGUUACGUACUGUGAAAGCAAGAAAUGCUAGAUCAAGGCGGAAAGGUAUCAUGUUCCAAAAGAAGACUUCUAAGCAAUAUGUCAAGAUAAACAAUAUACCAACGAUGCUUGACUUGACAGGGAUUGAUGUGAACAGUGAGAAUUCAGUGCUUUCAACCGUUACUGCGUUCAGUGAUGAAAACUAUAUAUCACGAUACUGA